UGAUCGGUGUGUCGGUCGCACGUAAAAGCGAUCGAUUUCUUUCCUCGUUAGAUAUAUCUUGGUAGGUAUUCAGUGUUACAUAAACAAAUUGUAAACAAAACAAAACUCGAGAGAGAAAGUGAAGGGGCCGGCGAUACGGGAACAGAAUCCCCUUAGAACGAUUAUACACAAGGUGGCAAUAACAGGGAAAAGUAACUGUGUUAGAUAAAGUCCCGUAUAAGACGCUUACCAAAGAGAUAACGACAUCCAACAGACCGGUUAUUGGUUUCUGCACUGAACAGUACUGAAUCUACUUCAGUCUUUUCGUAUCAGCCGUCCAGUACAAUAGUGGCGUUCGUGAUGACCGAUCAAAGCAAGAACCCUGUGAUCAAUUUUGGAGCCGGACCGGCCAAGAUUCCGCACGAGGUAUUAAAGGAAGUGCAAAAUGAACUUCUCGCAUACGGUAACACUCGAAUUAGCAUUUUGGAGUUGAGUCAUAGGUCGAACGAGUUCAAAAAUAUUAUUGAAGAUGCUCAGGCAACGUUGCGAGAAAUAUUACACGUUCCCGACAACUAUAAAAUCUUAUUUAUGCAAGGAGGAGGUACAGCUCAGUUUGCAGCCAUUCCUCUAAAUAUGAUGACCACUGGUACUGCGGAUUACAUAGUAACUGGAUCGUGGUCUGCCAAGGCGGCGAAAGAAGCAGCAAAGUACGGCGAAGUGAACUUAGUUCUGCCAAAAACAACGAAGUACACUGAGGUCCCUGAUCCCUCCACAUGGAAGUUGAACUCAAAUGCAUCUUACGUCUAUUAUUGCGCCAACGAGACGGUUCAUGGAAUCGAGUUCAAUUAUAUCCCCGAGACGAAUGGUGUGCCCCUGGUUGCCGAUAUGUCGUCGAACAUCCUCACGCGAUCUCUAGAUAUUUCAAAAUUUGCAGUGAUAUUUGCUGGGGCUCAGAAAAACAUUGGCCCGGCUGGUGUAACGCUUGUGAUAGUGCGGGAUGAUGUUCUUGGUCAUGCUAUGAAGGUCUGCCCAACGAUGCUGGAUUUCACUGUUAUGGCAGCUGAUAACUCCUUACACAACACACCACCAGUAUUUCAAGUGUACACAGUCGGAUUGGUUUUCAAAUGGAUCAGAGAGCAUGGAAGUGUUGAGGGAAUGGAAAAAUUAGCCAUCCUGAAAAGUCAGAAAAUAUACGAAGUGAUUAAUCAGUCUAAAGGGUUUUAUUCCUGUCCUGUUAAGACUGACGUACGGAGCAGAAUGAAUGUACCAUUUAGAAUAGGCAAAGACGACGAAGAGCUGGAGAAAAAGUUCCUUUCCGGCGCGAGCGCACGCGGGAUGCUUCAGUUGAAAGGUCACAGAUCGGUAGGUGGAAUUCGGGUAUCUUUGUAUAAUGCUAUCACUGUAGAAGAGGCAGAGAAAUUGGUAGAAUACAUGCAGUGGUUUUUCAAUGAACAUUUUACGAAGGAUUAGGUGAAUUAUAGGACAGCCUAUAAGAAUAUUAUCUCGUAAAAAUAAUUUGUAUUUACAUACAAAAUAUUAUUUUUGCACAUUUUAUAUACAACCUUUUAUACACUUUAUACAACUUGCAUUCCAUCUGUUCAAACGCGAGAAUAUUUCGUAUUUAAUAGUAAUAUUCAUCAUUUUAUUGAGUAUUAUAUAUUA